AUGUGCAAAAUAUAUAGCAUCAAUAUUGUAGUAUCAAAUGUCACUAGUCAUGGACCGAUCCGGUGCGCGCACGCAAAUCGGUGCGUGUUCAAAAACAAGCACCAACAUUCAUUGAAACAUCAAAAUAUGGUCGUUCUCGCUGCCUCCAUCUGCACACACGGCGGAAAAGCUCUUUUGGCCCGGCUGUUCCGUGACUUGUCGAAAGACAGAAUCACGGCGCUUUUGGCCAAUUUCCCGAGCCUUCUUUCGUUUUCAGGCUCGCACAAUACGUCUGUCGAAGACGGCGCCGUUCGGUAUGUUUACCAGCCAUUGGAGGAGUUUUACGUUGUCUUGUUGACAAACAAGCAGUCGAACAUUCUCCAGGACAUUGACACGUUGCACUUGUUUGUCAGUGUGGUCAGCAACAUGGUUCGGUGUGUGGACGAAAAGGACAUUUUUGACAAUGCAUUUGAGAUCUUGAGCGCUUUUGACGAGAUUGUCAACUUGGGUUACAAGGAGAGGCUCACCAUGCUGCAGGUGCAUGCAUUUUUGGAAAUGGACUCGCACGAAGAGAAGAUCCAAGAGAUCAUCGAGAGAAACAAGGAGUUGGAAGCGACAGAGGAACGUCGUCGGCGGGCCAAGGAGAUCCAGCGCAAGGAGUUGGCUCGCCGCAACGUCGAGCAGCAUGCGGCCAUGUUUGGCGCCAGCGCAAACUCCAUGUCGUCCCAAUCCGAGUCCUUUGGCUACAAUUCGGCGCCUUCUGCGCCUUCUUACGAGGCACCACGCUACGAGGCGCCUGCGCCAGUGGAACCUGCUGCUCCUCGUGCCGUGGGCGGAAAGGGCUUGAAAUUGGGCAAAAAACCUGCUCGUUCCGCUCAAACAGAGCAAAAUCAGCCAUUACUCACAUCUAAAGCGCCAGUAUUUAGCCCAGCUCCUCAGACUGCGCCACAGGCCGCCCCUCAGGCUGCACAUCAGACGGCUCCUAUGGCAGCUCCCGUUGCUUCUCGCUCUGUGCCAGCGCAUGCUCAGGUUUCUGAGGCUUCGGCUUCGGCUUCUCCAGUUAAUCACGGCACUGGAAAACUUGUGAACAACGGUAUUUUGAUCACAGUGAACGAAAAGAUAUCUGCUCAAUUGAACCGCGAGGGCGGGGUUAUCAGUGCAGAGGUGAAGGGUGAUCUUCAGUUGCGUGUCAACGAUGCCGAGUUGGCCCACUCCAAGAUUUUGUUGCAGGUGGAACACAAGUCGGGAGUCCAGUACAAAACACAUCCAAACGUGGACCGCGCAUUGUUCUCAGGCGCUAGCACCAUCGGCUUAAAAGACAGAACCAAGUCCUUCCCAAGCAACGACCAAAGUUUAGGUGUUUUGAGAUGGAGAGCCGUGGCCAAAGAUGACACUUCACUUGUUCCGCUUUUGCUUACGGCAUGGGUCAGUGUGAGCGAUUCUAUUGCUGAAGUGACCUUGGAAUAUGAGUUAACCCCUUCAUAUAUCGAGGCACAUCCAUCCCAGGACUCGUUUGACAACGUGCAGAUCUUGGUUCCGAUUGCUCUGGAUGAUGUAGAAUUAAGACAAUCCAGCACCGACGAUGUGCUGUAUGACGUGACUGAAGACGGGGUGGUUUUCACGGUGCCAGAGAUCUCUUUUGAUGCUCCCCAAGGAACAUUUGAUUUCACCAUUCCAGCCAACGACGAAGACGCCUUAUUCCCAAUGGAGGUGCAGUUUGACAUUGCACGCACAGAGGGCGUGACCGAGGCAGACAGUGCGUUUGGACAGGUCAGCGUGGUUGACGUUGUUUCUAACGACGAAGACGAGACGUCGUUGCCUUUUGACUUGCAUCUGAAGUUGGUUUCCGAACGCUACACUGUGAGCUAG